UUGUGGGUGCGGGAAGCCGACGGGGCGCGCAGCGAUAGGGCAGACACGGGCAGGCCUUCGGGAGCAAAGGGCUUGCAGUUAGUUUCCUUUCUCUGUUGUUGUUUUGGUUGGGUUUGUUCUUGUUUGGUUGGGGUUUUUUGUUGUGUUUUGUAGUUUUGCUCGCACGACGCUGUGGCGGUGACUCGGUCCCCCGGGGAAAGGGAGGUCCCUGCGCGGGGUCUGCCUUGUGUCAGCCAAGCACCCUGGGGUGCGAGCAGAGUCUCUGCCGUAGUGACGUCGCUGACAUCGCUUCAGCGAGGUUGUGAAACACUCGUGUCUCUCUGCUUGAGGAGAGGAGGUCCGAGCCAGCAGAGCAGCCCCCAGACACAGGGUCAGAAAGAACGUGCAUUGGGCCCAGAAUCCAGGGGAGGUAUAUUGGAGUCACUUCAGUCUGUUUCAUGACACUUCAGCAAUGGGCCAAGGACUUGGCAAAACUGCCUGGCCCAAACCUGCUGGAGGAUAUCAAACUAUUACAGGUGGAAGAUGUGGAAGAAGACAUUCCUAUGUUGGGUUUAGACCAUUUUUGAAUACUCAAGACAGAGAUGGACAUCAACAGAACAAUGACUGCAAACAGUUAGAACUGGAAGAUGUUCAGAAAGAGAAUUCUUUAGCUUUCUCUGGAGAUUCCAGUCCAUUGGUUCAAGUUUCUGCUGAUUUAUUAGAUGAGGCUUUGUCAAAAGAUACUGGCAUUAGAGAACCUGUUUGCCAAAGUGCAUCAAGCCAAACUUCUGAAGUGACCACAUCACCAUUUUCUGUAUUCUGUUAUGGCCUAGAAGGCAACCACAUUUCACCAGACUUGAUGAAUCCUUAUGAAACAUCUGAAGACAUUGCAGAAUAUGUGUCUGGAGGGCAUAAUGAUUUGAAUGGUAAAAAUGGAAUUGCUUUUGUGAACAUUGACUCCUAUGAGCCAGAUAGCAGUGAUGGAGAAGAAGAGGUUGCUCUAGACAAGUAUUCUUGGAUAAAAGAAGCAGCAGGUCUGAUUCAGGGAAGACUAGAUAACAUACUUUCUCAGUGUGAAAAAGAGGUGGAGUCUCUUAAUGACUUACAGUCCCAACUGCCCGCUUUCAACCACAGCAUUUAUAGAGAAAAUUGUGAAGAAGCAGGACCAAUGCCUUUGGCAAGUCCAGACAAUAGGACACUUAAAUCUGCUGAAGAUGAAGCUAUACCAAAAAUUAGUCUGAAUGAUGACAGUUAUGAAACACAGCAGGUAAAACAUUUAGUAGAUGUUGGAAUUGGAACCCCCAUGCCAGUUGCUGAUGUGUUAAACAUCAGUGAUGGAGAGACUGACCAAGAAAAUUCAUCUGAGCUAGUAGUGAGACCUAAAAUUAGAAAACAAAAUAUUGCAAAACAUCUGGAGAGAGAAAGUCAUCUCCUGAAUGAUGAUGAAGAGGAAAGUGAUUACUGGAGUAGAAUUGGAAUUGCUGAUGUCCAGCAAUGCCAUCCUGAGUGUCCCUUAAGAGAUGGCAAAGACGAGAUGAGUUCUGGUAUGUUCUUUCUCUCAAGAAUGCAUAGUCAUCAAAGGAACAUAGAAAUAGACUUAAGAAGAAAUGAAGAACAAAACAAUUUUCCAAGUGACAGUGCUUUUUGGAAUGAGCUUGAAGGCCAUAACACGCAUUACUUAAUGUCCCACAAAGAUGAAGACAGCUCAGAGUGCAGUGAUGGAGAAUGGUCUACAGCUGUACCUUCCUAUUUUACUGCUGUGGAAAAAGAACAGUCCUCAAGUGAUGAAAGCUGGGAGACUGUCUCAUGCAGGGAGGAGCAUGACCCUGGUGUACAGAGGAGGAGCAGUGGUGGGAAACAGGAGAGCAUAAACUUCUGUUUCCAGGAAGGGGACCAGUCAUUAUUGGAGGAAGGCGAAAUUCCUUGGUUACAGUAUCGAGAAGAAGUAGAAAGUAGCAGUGACGAGGAAAAUGAUUCAAUUAGUGAUUUUGUACAUCUUGGAUUCUUCUUGUUGGAUGGAAAUAACAACCUUGAGGAUGACUCCAGUGUGAGUGAAGACCUGGAUGUGGAGUGGAGACUACUUGAUGAGUUUGGUGAUGGCCUAGGACUUGCUCAAGCCAUUCCUUACAUGGAACCUCAAUUUCUCACAUUUAUGGCACUAGAGGGACGCUUAGAAGCUGUGGAGACUGCUCUGGCACAGUUGGAGUCUCUUACAUUUGAUGUUGAACAGACUCAUCCACCAGCUACAAAGGAAACUAUAGAUUGUCUGCCACAGAUUGUCGUUACAGGUGACUACAAUGGUCAAGAGCAGUGUUGUACUAUCUGUUGCAGUGAAUAUGUGGAAGGUGAAAUCAUAACAGAGCUACCCUGUCGUCAUUUGUUUCACAAACCUUGUGUAACUCUUUGGUUACAGAGGUCGGGAACAUGCCCUGUUUGUCGUCAUGUGCUUGCACCUGUACUUCCCGAAGCAACUGAUGACACUGGUUUUUUUCUUUGACUGAUGAUUCAGCAUCUUCUGCUAACGUUGCUACAGGACCCUCGGACUAGGGUCAGAAAUAAAAUCUACCACUAAAAUAAAAAAGUAAAU